AUGAAUGCUAUCUCACUCCUUUUCUUGCUAUGCGUUGCCAUCGCCGCUGUAAGCGGUGCCAUCCGAGCAAAGCGACAACGCACAGUCAUUGAGCGUACCGUUGUCAACCGCUACGGUGGACAGGGCUUCAACCGACAGCCUUGGGGUUAUGGUCCAGGAGGUUUCCGAGGAGGAUGGGGCCAGCCCAACCCUGCACUUGGUUUCAACCGAGGCCCAUUCGGACAACCACCACCAACAACAGUCGUCAGAACAACCGUCAUCAGAGGCUGA